CACUGCAACGAAUUUACCAUUUCUCAUUUUUGUUGUUGCCGGUGCCAGUUAGGACACCAACUCUGUAGAUUCCGCAUAAUUUGGACAUAUUCAACAUUUCACCAAAAUUGUUCUCUUCUUUAAGCAAUUGGGCUCUUGUUUUUCCUUACGUUUCAUUCGUCAAUGCACAAUUCUUAAUUUCAUAAGUCAUAACUGUUUACUUAUUCAAACUUUCCUCUUCUCCUUUCCUAUUCUUUUCGGAGAAAAAAGAACAUUCACAUAGAGAAUGGUGGAUCCGAACUGGGAGCUGAAGAAUUGCUGUCAGCACGAACAAGUUGUGUUUCUUGUUGCAAUUGGCGUCUUCACUCUUGUUAUUCUUGCUCUCUGGAGGACAUUUCUUCUGACACCUUUUAAGCUCAUCACUGUAUUUCUUCAUGAAGUGAGCCAUGCAAUUGCAUGUAAGCUUACAUGUGGUCAGGUAGAAGGUAUCCAGGUUCACGCAAAUGAAGGUGGCGUCACUCAAACACGCGGUGGUAUAUAUUGGCUGAUCUUGCCGGCUGGAUACAUUGGUUCAUCAUUUUGGGGUAUGGUUCUUGUACUUGCAUCAACAAAGCUUCUCACUGCAAGGAUUGCUGCUGGUUGUCUUAUCCUCGCCCUUGUUAUUGUCUUCUUCAUUGCCAAAAACUGGACACUGCGAGGGCUCUGUAUUGGAUUUAUCGUGUUUAUUGCUAUCAUUUGGGUGCUGCAAGAAACAACUAAAGUUCGCAUUCUUCGCUAUGUUAUUCUCUUCAUUGGUGUUAUGAAUAGUUUGUUUUCUGUUUAUGAUAUAUAUGAUGAUCUGAUAUCUAGAAGAGUCAAUUCAAGUGAUGCGGAGAAGUUUGCUGAACUUUGCCCCUGCCCUUGUAAUGGAGCCGCAUGGGGAGUUAUUUGGGGAAUUAUAUCCUUCAUAUUUCUUUCUGGAUCAAUAUAUCUUGGACUUGUGAUCUUGUCGUGAGCUAGAAGAAACUUACUAGCUACCAAUCACUUUGGAGGACCCUUGCUAUAAGAAAUUUUGAAGAUCAUAUUUAUAUGUAAAUCAACUAAAAUAGGGGUAGUGAGAUAUACAUAAUCUGUGGAGAUCUUGGAAAGUGUACUUGCAAGCAAUGCAGCUGAAAGGGAUUUGACAUAUACAGACAGUAUUGUUGAAGAAAUAGCAUAUGCUCUUUUUCUCAAAAGAGUAGUAUAAACAAAGAGUAAAGAUGAAAAGAGAAGCACCAAGUUCUCUUGUGAAGUGCGAUUGCAGUAAAGCCCCAUUAAAUAAGUCCAGUGACAUUGAGCAGUCAAAAUUGUUUAUAAUUUAUUUCACUUAGCCCUUAUUCUCAUUGUGAUAGAUAGUUUUAUAACUGAGGAAAUAAACUUUGGUAUGCCAGCAGGGUACUCUUCCUCUCUC